CGACAGCGCGGCGGGGCCGGCGAGGAUGGGCACGGAGCCCCGGCGGCAGCCGCCCCGCAGGAGAUGAGUUAAAAUGCAGCACACCACGUGCACGGAGGACAGGAUCCACCACGCGCUGGAGCGGUGCCUGCACGGGCUGGGCAGGGACGCUGUGGCCAGCAGAUGGGCUGCCGGGCUGUGCCUGAACUGCUGGAGCCUGCAGGAGCUGGUGAGCCGGGACGCUGGUAACUACCUCAUCCUGGUGGAGAAGAUCCUGGCCAAGACCAAGGAGGUGCAGGACAGGUGUGACUACGACCUGGUGACGCCCCUGGCCCUGCUCUUCUACUCGGCCGUGCUCUAUGCUCCGCACCUGCCCCCCGGCUCUGAGCUGCUGCUGAAAGCCGCCAGUGUCUACCACGGCUUCCUGACCUGGCCCGUGCCCUACUGCGACACCUCCCGGGAGCUGCUCACCUUCAUCAGCAACGAGCUCAAGGCGCCAGGGAUCACCUUCCAGAGGCUGGUGAGGACGGAGCAGGGGCUGCCUGUGAAGAACUACCAGAGCUCCACGGUGACGGUGCUGCUGCUGAACCACUCGGAGGUGCAGAGUGAGUUCGUGUCCAUCGCCCGCAGGCUGAGCUCCAGCGAGCCUGCCCAGCACUCCACGCUGCUGCUGCUGCUCCAGCACCUCUACCAGGCCACCUUCGGCACCCGCUGCGACCUGGACGGGCUGGGCCGGCUGCUCAAGUCCAAGCCCCUGGAGGAGCUCUCGGAGCUCUACGCCAGCGCCGCCGAUGCUCAGGAGGUGGCGGCCGCCAGCCCCGACCCCGCGCUGGCCCGGGAGCGGCUCCAGGCCGUGCUGCACGACCUCGCCGGGGCCGCCUCCCUCCCUGAAAUUGCAGGCGAGGCCCAGCCCCGCAAGCUGCAGCCCUUCCCCAUUCCCCCCGCCCGCUGCUACACCUACAGCUGGGACCAGGACAACUUCGACAUCCUCAACGAUGUCCUCAGCAAGGAGUGCAGCAUUGCCGAGCCCCUGGCCUCGGAGAACGAGGAGGAGGAUGAGGACGAAGAGGAGGAGGAGGAGGAUGUGGAGACGGACGGCGGCUCCCCGGGGCAGGACUCACUGCUGGCGCCGCUCUGUGCCCUCCCCGGUGACUCCGUGUACUCCGUGCUGGCCGAGGAGGGCUCCAGGCCCCCGCGGGUGUCCCUGUUCGCCUCCCCCAAGGAGUCCAUCUCGGAGCUGACCGUGGUCUCUAGGAAGUCCCUCAAGUCCUUCGUGUCCAGCCUCAAGGACUGCAUGGACAGCGGCUACGCCGAGGACAGCGACGAGAGCUCCGUGGAGGCGGCGGGCCGGCCCGAGCUGCCCAAGCAGCGGCAGUCGCUGACCAACCGGCUCUACAGACUGCUCAAGAGCAAGGGCCAGCAGCUGGUGCAGCGCCGGGAGUGCCCGGGGCCGUGCUCGCUCCCGCUGCGCCGCGCCGAGAGCCUGUGCGCGCCCCCGGCGCAGCCGCGCGUCCCCGCGCGCUCCCGCCGCGCGCUCUCGCUGCCGCAGCACGGCCCGGCCCGGCACGGCCCCGCCCCGCUCGGGGCCCGGCCCCUGGGGCUGCCCCGCCGCCCCUUCCUCAGCUGCGGCGAGGAGGAGAGCAAGGCGGGCACGCUGCGCGUGGUGGUGUUCGGCUCGGACCGCAUCUCGGGCAAGGUGGCCCGCGCCUACAGCCGCCUCAGGCUCCAGGAGAGCUCCUGCCCCUCCCUCACACGGUACUUCAGGCUGCAGUUCUUCUACGUGCCCGUCAAGAGGAGCUGCGCGGCUCCAUCGACCCCGCAGAUGCAUCCUCAUCAUCACCCUCAUCCUCAUCACCACCCCUCGGCGUCCCCGGGGGAGCCCCCGCCCCGGGCACAGGACCCCUCCCCAGCCGGGACAGAGAGCAGCACCAACGACAUCUCCCACUACCUCGGCCUGCUGGACCCCUGGUACGAGCGCAACGUGCUGGGGCUGAUGAGCCUGCCCAUGGGCGUCCUGUGCCAGUGUGCCAAGCCCGAGGCUGAGCCCCAGGAGGAUGCCCAGGAGCAGCUGCCCAUCCUGGCAGACAUGAUCCUCUACUACUGCCGCUUCGCCUCGCGCCCUGUGCUGCUGCAGCUCUACCAGACCGAGCUCACCUUCAUCGGGGGCGAGAAGAGGACCGAGGUCUUCAUCCACUCCCUGGAGCUGGGGCACUCAGCAGCCACCAGGGCCAUCAAGGCCUCAGGUCCAGGCAGCAAGAGGCUGGGAAUAGAUGGAGACAGGGAAGCAAUCCCACUGACACUACAGAUUGCAUACAGCAAGACAGCUGCCAGUGGCAGGAGUCACUGGAACGACGUGGAGAAGGUCUGCACGUCUGUCAACCUCAGCAAGGCCUGCAGGAGGCACGAGGAGCUCGCCUCCAAGACAGAAUGUCUCAACCUCACCGUGACCGAGGUGGUCAAGAGGCAGAACUCCAAAUCCAAGAAGAGUUUCAAUCAGAUCAGCGUGUCCCAGAUCAAAGUGGACAAGGUCCAGAUCAUCGGGGUCCAGUCCUCCUUCGCCGUGUGCCUGGACCAGGACGAGCAGAAGAUCCUGCAGAGUGUAACCAGGUGUGAGAUCUCCGUGUGCUACAAGCCCAGGGACUGUGACCCCGUGGCACCGAGGGGCUCCCCCGUGGCUCCCCAGGACCCCUCUGAGUUCCAGUCCCUGCUGUGUUUGCCCAUUGCCACCUUCAGCGGGGCACUGCCCUAGAGGAGCCGUGUCCCUGCAGGGCAGACUGUGCCACACCAGGCUCAGGAGAAGGGAAGGACACCCAGCCCAGCUUGUCCCUGAGCUCCUGCAGCUGCAGAGUCGCUGUGGGGGCUGAGCUGCUGCUCCAGGCUCCUGCAGUGCUGUCACUGUGGUGUCCCCGUGGGGGCUGAGCUGCUGCUCCAGGCUCAGCCCCUCCUUGGGAGAUGGGAUCGAUCCAUGUGCUCUGCUGUCCCUGGGGGUUCCUCAGGAGGUGCCUGUGGGUCAGCAGAUCCAGCACCUGCUGGGAGGGCAGGGCAAGGACAGGGCUAUUCCCUGCCAGGUGGGAUGUGGGGAAGGGUGAUGAGCUCAUGGGGAUAUUUGGGGAGAGGAACGUCCUCAGCUCAGUGGUGUCGGGUGUCUGUCAGUGCAGGGCAAUUACAGAGCCCUGCUAUCGGUGAAAUGACCCCUGUCCUGCUGGUGUUUCACCUGUCACACGGCGAGGAUGCUCAGGACAGUUUCCUGGGAUGGGGACAGGUUUCUCAAGGCUUCCCUUCCCCUCUGGAGGCAGGGUGUCCUGCAGGGACGCAGAGCAGGGAUGCUGCAGUGUGGGAUCCCAGGGAACUGAGUGCACCAGGUCAUGCCAGGGCAAGGACAGCUGCUGGUGGGUCCGUGUGUUUCCUGUGCCCCCAGGAGAGGAAUUCCCAGUUCCUGCAGGGUCCCAGCACUGAGCUGUACUCCUCUGGUUGUGCAUCCUGCCCCCAGCCCUGUGUCCCAGUUCCUGCAGGGUCCCAGCACUGAGCCGUACUCCCAGUCCAGCCCCUGGCUGUGCAUCCCGCUCCCAGCACUGUGUGCCGGAGCCAGCCCAGGGCUGAGCCCUCAGCAGCUGCUGGAAUCCAUCAGGAUCUGUGCUGGACUCCCAGCAGGGAGGGAAGGAGUGGGGAAAGCACCAGGACAGCCUUAGGGCCACUGCAGAGUGACCUUUGCUGGAGAGAGACCCAGCUCCAAACCCACCCAGUGACACCUGCCAGUGACAGCAGGAUCUGAGAUCCUCCCCCCACAAACAUUCCAGCCUCUUCCCCCUCUCUGCGAGGCUGCAGGUACAGAAAGGUGCAAUAUUUGAGGAUAUUUAGGGGUAACCUGAGCCUAUCAGUGAAGAAAUAAGACUGGAAAAGCCUCAGGCUGUUUCUGGGUGGUUUUGGGGGAUUGUAGCAGUGUUGGCAGCACAAGGGCUGCUGCAGAGUCCAAGGAGCUGAUCCCGGUGUCCUGUGUCCCCUGGGUGUGUCUGGAGGGACCCCUGGCCCUGCUGGGGGCUGCAGGGCUCAGCCACAGUGGGGUUGAUCCAGGGGGAUCCUGCGGGAAGCAGGACCUGGUGAGCUCCUGGCGCUGUCCCCAAGCCUGGUGGCACAGCAGCAGCGUCACCUGGGGUUCAGCCUGCCAGGGAGGAGGCCAGAGCUCCUGGGGCUCCGAGGAGCGGGGUCAGGGGUGUCUGCUGGACUCCCCCAGCCCUGUGGGACCCCUCCUGUGCCCUGGCUCUGCCCCCAGCUCUGCUGGCCGCUGGACACCUUCUGUCCCACUGUGCCAUGGCUGGGGACAGCCUGGCCUGGCCCAGGGCUGAGCACCGAGGUCCCCAAAGGGUUUUCCCUCUGCCUUUGCCUUCCCCAGGCAGGUUUGAGGUGUGUUCUCCCCAGUAGAGCUGGAAUUUGGCAGGGGGUUGUUCUUGUUCAGGGCUCUAAACCAGCGCCUUGUCCUGUCAAACGCUGCUCGGUGGCAUCUGUGGCCAAUUCCAUGCCAGGGAUCCAUGCCAGGAUCCAUGCCAGGACGCAAAUCCCUCUGGGCUCAGCUGGCCCUACAGCAGUCCUGGAGAGCAGAAUUCCCAUCCAGAAAACCAAGCCCAAACUCCAGGGACUCACAGUCCUGGCAAAGGUUCUGACCUCUGAUGCUUCUUGGAAAUGAGAGAAUUCCAGGGCUCUUCGGGGUGGUUUUUGUACAUUUUGUGUAGCCCCAGCAAAUCUGUGUAAAGUCUGUGCUGAUCUGUAAAAUACUGU